CAAAAGUAUUCACUGUUCUUAUGAAUAGUUCCAUGUGGAGCUAUUACAAUGACACCCUUACAUUUAAUGAUUUGCCGGAAUUGCCCUUCCUUAGCUAUGUGCAUUUGCUUGCCAUUUAUAGCGGAUGAGACAGCUGGUCUUCAUAUCCUUCUUUGUGUAUACGGAUUGUAUUUCGGAUUUACUGACAAAUUGAGCUCUAUAGAAUCUCAAAAUGUGUAGAUGGAUUUGCUGCCAAAUUGAACCUUAAAUUCAAAAUAGCUAAUUACAUAGAGUUGUAAUGCGUUUUCCAGUGUCAUUGGUGCUUUCAUCCUUAUGAGACUGGAUUGGCAUGUGGUAUUGAUUUAAUUCCUGCUGUGUUAUUUGGAAUGGUAACAAAUGAAGUGUGGAUUUGGGUUUUUAAAACAGGUGGCAUAUCAACUGGUUAUUGGUUGACUUCAAAUGUUCUUAUUUUUGCUUUUUGUGGGGUUACAGGAUUGUUGAUAGAAUUGUUUGUGCUUCUGUUGCUGGACCUUGGUUUGUUUUGGUGUGUCUGGAAGACUUUUCAAGGUUAUGGCUAGACGAUCAAACAGAGUCUGUGUUCCUUUUUAACCUAUUUCGGAAAAGGUUGUUGCUUGGUUGCAAUUUCCUUCUCCGGUAUAUGGAUUUAUAGAUGCUGCAAAGAAUAAUGUCUUUGUGCGGGUGUAUCGGCCAAACUCCCGUACAAAGUUUAUCUUUUAUGGUGGAGAUGCUGCUACGGUUGAAGAGUCUCGUGAGAGAGCAGCUCACAAGGUUGUGAAAAGAUUAGUUUGCCGGUUUAAUGUUCGAGUGUCUGACUUCACGUAUGAGCGUAUGAAGAUGUAUCGCUUGUGUGUGAAAUUGUAUAAGAAUUUAUGUGCUAAAUUAGUACACGACAGAGAAGACUUGAGUCGCAUUCGUGCAGAAUGCAGCACACGGGAGGAUGUACCGUUUCAUGAUGUUCAUGUUGGACUUGAUUUUGUGCAGUUUCUGGGAGUAUUAGUUAGGAAGACUGGUGUAACUGCCAGUGGUAAUGAGACCACCAAGCUAGAAGGACAUGGUUACAUGUCCUGGUUAAUGGUCACUUGUUCACAUAACAAUAUUGGAAUGGAGUGCAUCUUCAGUGAUCCUUGUCCUGAAAGGGAUCUUGCUGAACAGCGAGUUGCUAAGAAGGCAUGUUUUUUUAUAUCUUCUAUGCUCAAUUUAGAUAUUGUUGAUGUCAAUUAUGGUGCUGCUGCCAAGCUGAGCGUAGAAUGUUCCUUGAUUAGGGAAAGGUAUAUGGUUUUGAAAAGCCAUGUUCAGUGUUUGCAAGGGAGUUCUACCCAAGCUAAGGCUGUUACCUGUUUGGUUAGUGAUGGAUGUGAGACACCGACUGAUGAAGCAAACCAGAUUCCGGUCCUUGCUAUUCCGCCAAGUCUUCCAGCUAAGCGCACCAUUGAUAGAAAAAAGUUGCCUACGAGUGCUGUGGGGGUCCAUGUUUCUGAUCAGCUUGUUUCUGGCUUGAUUGAAUUUGCUAAUGGUCACAAAUGUGCUAGGGUUGAAUAGGCAAGUGUAGCAAACUUAGCUGCCUUUAGGGUCUAGAGGCUUUAUGGUAUGUAAGUAGAUGUUAGGGCUGUCUCAGUGAUGUAGUUGCUUUGUAGCUUGAUUUGUCCUACUAUUGAUGUCUGUUUUAGGAUGCAAGACAUAGCCAGUAUUAUGUACCUUUUGGUUUUUGCUGAUGUACUGAAUCGAACUACUUUGGUGUACUGCCUGUUAUGGCUUUUUCAUAAUAAAAGUUGGUGUUU